UGUUGUGGCGCUGCCCGGGUUGCAUGGCUCUGUGUGGAGCCGCGUUCCGCGGGCGCCGAGGCGGAGGGGCUCCGCUGCGCGCCGCGCCUCGCUUCGGCCCAGCGGCGAGCCGCCCGCCCGCCCGCCGGCCCCGCCGAGGUCACUAUCACAUGACAAAGGCUUUGAGACACCUUCAUCUUCAUCUGUCUGUAAUUUCCAUUUGCCUUCCUGGGUUUCUGGAAUGAAUUGUCCUUGGCUGUCACGUCAAGCGUGCCAGAGUUUGCUGCUCUUUAUCUAAUGAACUACUGUGACUGGUGUACAUACGUACUUGAACUGAAGAAGUAGAAAGGAGGAAGGAGGCUAGAACGCUGUAGCAACAGUAUACCUGGCUGGUAUUUGUGAGAAAUGAGAAAUGCCCUUUCAAAACUCGAGUAUCAGUUUGAAUAGCAGGGGAAAGCCAGUACUCAGCGCUGUAGAAUCUCUCUUCUAGAAAGCAGCGAACCAGAGCUGUAGGCAGAAUGGUAGACUGCUGCACCGAAAACAUUUCUGUGCCAGCUCUGUGACCGUGGAAGGCGAAGGAGGUCACCGUAAUGAAAGGCAGUAGUAGGAAUAAGGAUCAUUCGACAGAAGGAGAAGGAACUGGGAAGCGACCAAAAAGAAAGUGUCUUCAGUGGCAUCCCCUGCUUGCCAAGAAACUCCUUGACUUCUCUGAAGAGGAGGAAGAGGAAGAAGAAGAGGAAGAUUUUGAUAAGGUGCCUCUCCUUGGCGCUGACGGUUUAGAGCAGGAUGCUGAUGAAACCGAAGAUGACGAGUCCUCAGAGCAGCGAGCUCGCCGACCAAUGAAUGCAUUUCUCUUGUUCUGCAAACGCCAUCGCUCUCUCGUGCGAAAAGAGCACCCUCGCCUCGAUAACCGUGGCGCAACCAAGAUCUUGGCAGAUUGGUGGGCUGUUUUAGAUCCAAAAGAAAAGCAGAAAUACACUGACAUGGCCAAGGAGUAUAAAGAUGCAUUUAUGAAGGCAAAUCCAGGGUACAAGUGGUGCCCUACGACAAAUAAACCUGUGAAAACACAGACCUCAACUGUUACAAACCGGAAAAAGCUAUGGGCCUUUGCAUCAGACUCCACAAAAGAUCUACCAAGCCCGAGGAAAGCAGCAAAAAGCGAAGAGAUGCCACAGCUUAAUUUUGCAAUGGCAGAUCCUACGCAAAUGGGAGGGCUGAGCAUGCUGCUUCUGGCAGGGGAGCACGCCCUGACGGCGCAGGAGGUUUCCUCGGGUACUUGCCAGUCUGAUGCAGCUAAUUCUACAGAACCCUGUCAGAAGUCGUCAUUGUUUCAGUUUGCAGAGAUCUCUUCAAGUACAUCACGACCUGGAGUCCCGGGAGAUGUAAAACAAACUGAGGAGUCUGCGUUAUUUCAGUUUGCUGAGAUCUCCUCCAAUACUUCCCAGUUGUCAAGUCCUGAGCCAGUAAAGCACUGUGGGAAGUCGGCACUCUUCCAGUUGGCAGAGAUUUCUUCAAGUACCUCCCAUUCAGGUCCCGAUUUAACAAAACAGUGUGGAACAUCAGCAUUGUUUCAGCUGGCAGAGAUGUGCCUUGCUUCAGAAGGAGUAAAAGUGAAGGAACCUGGAAAAACAAAAGUGGAAGCACCGGAAGAUGUGGGAGGGGAAGUUCCAGAGGAGAUGGAUGUAGAACUGGAGAAAACAACAAAAGACUCCUGUAAAGAAAAAGUAGAACAAUCGGGGAUAGAGAAAAUGCAAAACUGGGAUGAGACAAAAGCUGAGGAAUUAGAAACUGCAAAAUACAGAGAUUUUACUAGUCUUGCAAUGGAGAACAGUCCUUUUGAGAGAAGUGAUAACACAAAGGAUCACAUGUGCUGCUCUCCAGAUCUGUCGGUGGCUGACAUGAAUAUCCUGGGGCUAAAGCCGGAAAAGAUAAAGAAGAAAAAGAAAAAAAAUAAGUUGGACCGGCACACAAAUGAGAAAUCCACCCCCAAGAAACCUUGUAAAAAGAGGCAGUCCUCAGAGUCGGACAUUGAAAGCGUGAUGUAUACCAUUGAAGCCGUGGCGAAGGGGGACUGGGGUGCCGAGAGACUCGCGGAAACUCCCCGCAAAAAACCCCGUCCCAUCUCAAAUGUGAAGGGAAGCGUGUUGGAUACAAAAUCACCAAAGAAAAAAGUGAAAUCGAAAGAAAAGAAGACAUCAAAGGAGAAACCCACGGAGACCACCAAAGAAUCAAAGCCUCCUGAUUUCCUUAGUAUUGCAGCCAGCAAGGAAGUACCGUGCGAGGCUUCUGAUAACAUUAAAGUGGAACCACUGACCCCAACAGAGGAGGUGGUACCCCAGAGCUUACCAGGACAGGUCAAAACUGAGGACAGUGACUGUGUUAAAAAGAUAGAAACCUGUGGCUCCAGGAAAUCGGAGAGAUCUUGCAAAGGUGCUCUUUAUAAAACUCUGGUGUCAGAGGGCAUGCUGACAUCUCUGCGUGCUAACGUGGACAGAGGAAAAAGAAGCUCAGGAAAAGGCAACUCCUCAGAUCAUGAAGGAUGCUGGAAUGAAGAAAACUGGGCUUUUUCCCAAAGUGGGACAAGCGGGAACAAAAAACUGAAAAAGCCUAAGGCAAAGGAAGAGUUUGUUUUUGGCUUAGCAAAGUUGGAAGAAGAAUUUGAAAAGAAAUUCAACAGCCUCCCUCAAUACAGUCCUAUUACCUUUGACAGGAAAAAUUCAGCUGUUCCGAGGAAAAAGAGGAAGGUUGGAAAUGGCUCAUCUGAACAACCAAAAUCCAACAAAGGUUCAUGCCAGUCUCAGAAAAAGAACUUAUUCCACAAAAUUGUCAGCAAAUAUAAGCACAGAAAGGAGAAGCUUAAUGUUCCGGACACAGCCAUACUCUCAGAAGACAGAAAUUCCAGCGAGUCUGCCUGGAAGAAUAAAAUUUCUCUAUCUGCCCUAAACACUCCAGAGCCAGCAAUGAUGCAUGAACCUUUAGUUGGCAGCCAGAAAAGGAAAGCAAGGAAAACUAAGAUCACACAUCUUGUCCGAACAGCAGAUGGUCGAGUGUCACCAGCAGGAGGGACGCUGGAGGAGAAGCCAAAAGAGCUGCCACAAAGUACUCUUCAAAAAACAUCAAGUGCAGAAACAGAUUGCAACGGUGAAUGCUCCAGAAAUGCAGAGACAGAAGAAAAUCAUAGUAUUACGUCAGAUAUGCCGGCGGUGUCUGCGUUUUUUAGCUUAGCUGCUCUGGCAGAAGUAGCAGCCAUGGAAAAUGUACACAGAAGUCAGAGGGCCACGCCUCUCCCACAUGACGGACAGCCAAAUGAAAUGUCUCAGGCUCCAGUGCUUAUUUCCUGCGCUGACCAGUGAAGCUCCACUUUAUUGUAAAACAUUGUGCUUUACCUAAUAUCCUAGCCUUGUCUUUUAUCAAGGGAAGCUAGUCAGUCCAUAUGAUGGAAACUAUAGACUGCAAGCAAGUGCUUAUUGCUCUGAGUGGCCCAGAAUUCACUGGAAGCCAGACGUUAGCAACUUGGGCCAGGUCCUCAAAUCGGAACCCAGUAUGUAGAAGGGUGAUAUUAAUUGUCUAUUAAUGAACAGAAAUGGAAUGAUCCCAGAGCUUGCUUUCUAUUGAAGGCUUUUAAACAGUACACAGGUGGUUGGUGUGAAAAAGGCUGCCUUUACUGUUAGCUCACACAGCAUCUCUUUUACCAACCAGAGAGUACGGCAACUAGUUUCGUAUAAUACCUAGUUAUUCUAAAUGAAAAUAAAAAAAAAAAACAAAAAAAACCAACAAAAAAAACCAACAACAACAAAAACACUGACGCACUGCACUAGUUAUUAUUAGAUAUUCUUAGUCAUUUUUGUACAUGAAGAUUUAAGUUCUAAGAUGGUUUAUAUUAAUAGGUUAUGCCUACGUUUAUAUUGUAGAAUGAAUUUAAAACCUGUUCCAGAGAACUCAAGGCAGCCUGGACAGAUGUACCAUUGUUAGCGGUGUUUGGGCAGCCACGUGGUCCAGAUGUUCUGCACUUUUAUAUUUGCCACCGGAGUGGUAGAGUUUACUGGGAAAAAUUCUGACAGGCUACGUUUAGGUUUGUUUCUUUUUAAUUUAGCUUUGAAUAACCAGGAUGAUGUGCAUUAGAAAAAGGAGUGGUGUAUGGAAAAGAAAAUACUGCAGAUAAUUGACUUGUCUUUCAUGCCUUGGAGGGUUCCUUUAUUUUUGCAUAGAUAUCUGAGCGACUUGGUGAAACUUUCCUGUAAACAAAAAAGUACUGCAAAUGCGUUUUUCAAAAGUGACCUUAGUAUUAUUUCACCUUUCUGAAAAACCUAAACCCGUGACUUUUCGAUAUACAUGUACACCAAUACACAUACCUUUUACAUUCUACAGACACUGGCAUUGUUGUAGUUACUAUGCACGGUCCAAAUCGGCUUCAGAAUUUGCGUAAAGGGCCAAUUACAGUUUGCGUUGGUGAAGUGGCGAGUUGUAUGCAGAUAAAACUACAACCGAAGAGUAACGUUUGACUGAAUUCAGACUACCAAACAGAUCCAUCUGCCAGUUUCUGUCCUUGCUUAUGUCGAAUUUUUGUGUUUUGCUCUCAUAAAUGCAUCCCAGAAGCAGGCGGAGUGUAUCACUUGGCCUGUUACCUUUGCUAUCUUGACUUACACUGUUGUACAACUGAACAUUAAUUCCUACCAAUAGAUGCAAAACGAUCACUAUUAAUUGAUCUAAAGCUACAAAUUCGACAGGGUACUUCUUCAAUAGCACAAGAUGUUUCCCUACUUUUUGCAUUGUAGCACAACAAUUUACCAAAUUGGACUCCAGCAAUAAUUUUCUAUUAGUCUUCAUCAUACCGGCUGAACUUUUGAUAGUAUUAGAUUGAGUUUGAAGUUCUUUGAAUUAAGUCUUUAAAUGAUGCGAGUUUACAUCAUUCUAUCAGGCAUUCUUAUUUAUACUUGACUGAACUGAUAAUGUGUUUGGGGGUUAUUUUGUAACUAAUUUGAUGUAAUAGCCAUAUGGACAGUAACUCUAUUAACGCUUGCUAGGUUUAGCCUUUCAUCGUUGUAGCUAAGCGAAAGUCUUUGGUUCAGUGUCAGGAAACAAUAUACAACAUACCACACGAGUUGUAACAAAGGAGUGAAGGUCUGACGAAAGGCAGGUAGCUGGGAAGUGUCACUGAAAUAGCACCAUCGAGGAUGCAUGUGUUGGAAGAAGGGAACAACGACAAAAACGAACAACAAAAUUUACGAGCCAAUGAGUCAGUGAAAAGGCUUUUUAAAAAUUCAGGUGAAUAUAUGACUAAGAGCCCCUAGAAUGCCAUUGCAGCCUAUGGCAGUAUUUUUAAUAAGAUUUUAGUAAAGUUUUAUAAGUUAUUUUAACAAGACAGGAAAAACUUAAAAAGACUUAAAACUGUUGGGUCACAGCAAGGUGGCUGUUGGAGUUUUGGACCACUUUAUAAUUAGCUGAAAUCCAAAUACGUUACAGUGCAGGCCGUUCACGUUGACAAUGGUACUAACUUAUUUCUCUAGAAAACCUUUAGAGUAGAUAUAUUUUUGUCAAAGCACCCCAUCCUUCCUCGAUUUAAAUUUCAAUAUUGUUCCUGAAGAUAUUUCUGUAUAUUAAUGGUACCUUUUUUAAAAGAAACAGAAAAUUACUUUUUUCUAUAUGAAUUAAUAUCUUACUUGAUCUGCUUUUCCUUGACUUUCCCUUAGAGAGGGGGUAGGGUUGGGUCAGUUUACUGGAUAUGACUGUUUUCAGAUACUUACAAACCUUUUUGUAGAUAUGCUUAAUUUUUAAGCGAUUAGGCACUGAGAGUAGCAGAAAUCCUGCAAAGCUUUAUAGUUCACUAGGCAUUUGCCUUUGUUGGUUCUCUGAGUGACGUCUUGAUUUGAGUAGCUAGAAAUUUCCCUGAAUCUACUAGAAGGGGUAUCAGUAUUUUCAGGUAACAAAGUCUGUUAGCACAACAAAAAUUUCAGACCAAUAUCUUACUGUAUUGGGGUUGGGUUUUUUCCUUGUUUGUUUUGUUUUAAUUUUUAUUAAUUUCAGCUGCUUUCAUUUUGGAAAAUCUAUUGCUAUUGUGUGUACUUCAGUAUACCAGCAAACACUGUUACCCGUUAACACAUUGUCCACAAAUGCCUCUAGAGAAGAAAUUGUUGCACCUUAUGUAUAUCUCAAGCAAACCAAAAUAUGAUGCUUUUCUGCUUUGUUUAUUCUGAAUAUGUUGUAUCAUACUUUACUGAACCCAUUUUAACUUAGCUAAAGCUAUCGAUAUUUAUGCAUUUCACAUUAUUUUCUGGAUCUGAACCUGUGUAUAAAUCUUUCUUUAAAAAAAAAGAAAAGCAUUUACCGUAGUUGUCCUCUGUGAGUUAUCCAUGGGAGAGGGGGGGAAUCUUGUCUCAAGUGUAAAAUGCAGUACUGUCCCAGUUUUCCUUGGUUUUUAUUUAUUUAGUGAUCUUUGAUAUUUCAUAUGUAGUUUUGAGGUAUACAAAAUAUGUUGUCGUAGCCGAAGCUACAGAUCUAAGCAGCUGGGAGAAAAUUACUUUAAUGUCUUCUUAAUUGUUGUAGUACUGUAUACAAAUAUGGGAAAAACGUUCUGCACAACAUUUGAGAUGCAGAUUCUUAUCCCCACAGUAGGUUGUUUUCCAAUAUUAGACCAAAUCAAUCAAAACUCAAAUGAUCUUAAAGGUCUUUUUCCAACCUAAAGGAUUCUAUGAUUCAAAAGACAUCUAUGGAGAUUACUUAAUGCUCUGCUUAUGGCAGUAACUACCCCUUGAAUGUGCUGUGAUUUCAGAAAUAGAAUAUAUUUAUUUAAGAUGACUGAAUGCUCUUUUAUACUAAUACAAUAUUCCAAAGUCAUGAGCAAGAGACUUCUUGGUAGUUUGGGUUUCUAUUUUAUAGCAUUGGUGCAUGACUUUUGAAAUUAAAGUGGUAAGCGUUGUCGGAAAGGGGCGCAGGAACGAGGGACUGGUAGAAGCGUGUGAACUUGCGGUGUUUAAAUUCCAGCUUUGGUCUUUAUUAUUUGGGUGAAAGCUGUCUUUGUGGCAUGAGGCUGAGGAGCACUCUGCAGUUUGUAUCGAGUGGAAACCCGAGGGAGCUGGAACUCAUAUCAGAGCAGGGGAUUUGCCUUAUAGUUGGGAUGCUAUCUUUCGGAACAGGAUAUUAAAUUGAAGCAGUUUUAAUUUCCACUGCCUGUUUAGCUACUGUACGAAUACUGAACAGACUGAAGGCAACAGUCGUAGACGUGGGACAGCUAAGAGAGGAGGGAAGGAGAGCUGCCCUUUGGUUUCAGUAUGGCAAAGUUACGGCAACAAAGGGGAAUUAGAAAAAACGAUAGAUGUAUAUAUGUGUGUGUAUGCGUGUGUGCAUGUGCGCCUGGGUGUGUACAUUCUGGAAAAAAAAAAAAAAAGGUGGGAAAAACAAAAACAUGAUGGGUCUACAAGAGACUACAAUGUACGUUGACCCUGUGAGUGCACUCCCUUUUUUUGGAUGCUGAGUCUACUAUGGCUACCUCUCCUAAAAGACUACUUUUGUUGACUUCCAUUUGCUUUCAGGCUUGAUUGCGUAAUCUUUUCAGCCAUUGGUACCAUUUGUAUAUCGCUGUGUGCUUCACUUUCCAAGAGCAGCGUUUCUAUAGCGCAGGCAGCGUAAAGGCUGAAUAUACAGCGGUGCCCAAACUGUGUUGCUGGAGCGUUUUUGUUUAACCUCUGCCGUAGGCAUGUGGGUUGCGGGACGCGGGCCCACUGGCUCUGGUUGGGUCAGUGAGGUCAUUUUGGGUAAAAUGCCGUGCUGGUGGGGCGCUGGGCUUCAGUGGUUGCCAGAGGUGACGCAGUAAGCCAAGCGCUGCUCUUGAAACUUCUUGUGGAAGUUUAUGUUUGAUUUCACAAGGAAACGUAACCGUGCAGCUUGUGUCUAGUACACCAUGCGUUACCCAUUAGACACUGCUCGUUUGCCGUGCUUGCUGGGUAGUGUGUAGAGCUCCUAGGUGUCUUGCCGUGUUCUGUGAUGCUUGGGGCGUCCGAACCUUGUACAUAGUGUGGAACUGUCACCUACAGCUGCCAGGAUGCUGAGGCACUUCAGGACACUGGGCGCCGUGAACGAGUGCAUUUUAGGCUGUGAAGGAGUCACUUGCCUCCUCCCCCGGUGUCCCCAAUAAAAAGGCACAGUGAGGUUUAUGCUCUCACCUAAGUACUAUUAUAUUCAUUUAUAUACUCGGUAUUUUCUACUGAAUUGACAACCUUGAAGAAGCUUAUGAGAUGGAUGUAUAUUUUAUGUUCCCCUAGUAAUUCUUCUAAGGCAGAAAUCUAGGAAGACUUGGCAUGACAUCUCCACUCAGCAUCCCACCUACGCUUACACCGAAACCCAUCCUUACUGCCGGGCCAGAGUUGUUGCUUGCACCGGGACAGUGCAGAGCCCCCAUGAUGGACCACUACGCUCUUGGCGAUAAGCUUGGGCUUGCGUGACGUUCCUGGGGGCGGCACGUCCUGACCCUAGGGCCUUCAGUGACGUGAAAACGACUGCAAUUAGCUUAACAUUUAUUGAGUUCUUCCAAAUAAUUACGUUGGAGGUUCUGGGUCUUGACUGUUAGCACAUACCAGCAGACCCACCCUGUACUCUACUGGCAAACCCCACAGCUGCCCAGGCUAACUGCCCAGGCUGCUGAACGUCACGCUCUCACCUGCUCUUUGCACCCCUCCAACUGAAACCUGGUUUUCCCCCAUGCACUGCUAUACCUUAACCAGCGGUUGGGGCUCUGAAGGUGACAGAAGCAGAGGAGGCAUGUAUGUGCGUGUGUCUGCAUGCGUGUGUACAUACGCGUCCACACGCGCACAUCGGAGUGCCAUGACUUGCAGCGUGUUCUCUGCAAAAGUGUUCCUGUCUUCAGUGAUAAAACAGCAUGAGGUUUCUCAGACGAUAGUUUUCCAACUUUCUUGCUAGAUUUCUGUCUCUUCCCUUCACAUUACACCAGAAGGUGUGAUUUGUGAAAAUCACACCUGAAAAAAACCACCACCCCACAGUUCCUGCUAACCUAGAUGCUGCGCAAACCUUCUUUCUCAGCAGUGCUUGCUUUUAAUAACCAGUAUCUGUUCAUAGUUUUAACACAACUGAUUUGCCAUGAUCUUUCUUCCUAGAGCCCAGUCCUGCAACUUUCAUUCUCGCACAUAAUUCCACUGAAUUUUGACCUAGUAUCUGACUUUAUUCUCUCCAAAGCUUGGUGUAAACAUGCCUUACAAUAGUUCAUCUCCACCAGUGGUAUAACAGAGCUACUGCCUUCUUAGAUGUGUGUAGUUAAAAGUAAGUCAAUAAGCACAUUUAUAGAAUGUCAUACUUUCUUCAAAAACCUCUAAUUUGAUAUCUUUAAGUGCACAUGUUAAGUCAUGUGUAUAACAUGCUAAAGUACGUUAAACUGUGAUAAUAAAACUGAAUAAAAUAUUUAAUAAAAUAUUUGAUAAGGACCUUUAAAUAGAUUUCUUUAUGUUCAUUCUAUUUUGGUUAUCUAGUGUGUGCCUGUAAACAGUUUCCCAUUUAAAACUAAUGAUUGCAAAUAAAUACUAUUCAAAUGGAGCUUCUUUGAUGCUUCACCUGCUUUACUAUCACAUGAUUGUUUACUUUAACAUACCACUGAGUUAGCAGUAUUUGCAGAGUUUGGUUUUAGAGAUAGUAUGAAUUUGUUGGCUUUUCUUAUACUUAAAAGGAAACAAGCUCAUUUUCCACCCAAAAAAGGAAGAUGCCAAACCCCAGAGAUGGAGCCUCAGAACUGUGAGCUGUAGUUCCCUGUCAGCUCAUCCAUUCAGCUUCUCCACAGGGACUGUAAAGAGUGUCACGUAUUUUGCAAAGAACUUCUGCCCAUUUGUGCUUGCUUACACGUUGUCUAUUAUGGGAGCUUCCAUUUUUUAGUUUCAAAACUUCCAAGCCUGAUUCAGCCCUGUUGACAUUGCUGGAAAGAUCCAUAGACCCGUGCGAGUGCCCCAGAAUUCAGUGGAUUUAUAUCGGCAUAAAGCUGGAGACCGUGGGAUGGAGAGAGCCAGGACUCCGUGCAGUUAGGCUCUGGGAGAAAAGUUUGCCUUUUCUUCUGAGCUUUCCAGGUGUCCGCUUUGUGUUUCUGGAUUUUGUCAUCUUUGCACAAUUGGGAAGCUCGUGUAUAGUCCACACCAUCCCGCGUGAAGAAGCUGUUGCUGUGUUUUCAGUCCUUGGACACUAAGAGAACUUGCUCAGAAAUGGAUUCUCUUUUAGAAAUAAGUGGCAAGGGUCGUCAAUAUUUAAACUUACAGGUCCUGACUACUUUGGAAACUUAAAUCAGGACUCUGUUCUGCCCAUAUUUUUUACCAUCUUGAGGCCUGAAAAUUGGGCAGUUGGGGAUCUUGUCUUUACCUGUCCUUGGAUGCCUGAAGCCUCCUUGGUCACAGUGAAUUUUUCUGGCCACAGAAGACCCAAGCAGAGACUUCAUGAAGCCAGCAGGCACUGGUUGGUUGUGUGGCAGCAGAACUGUCUCCAAAUCAAAAGGAGCAGAAGGGGGAAGCCUUUAGGUUUGUUUGGGGUUUGGGGUUUUUUUUUUAACUGUGUGCCAUUUACUCAGGAAAGAAGAACUGUGUACAAUCGUGCACUGCCGUUACUGGGCAUGCGUCAGUAUGUCUGCAGAGAAACGCCAGGAAUGGAAGAGCUUCAGCGAUAAAGGCCACAUAAAGGUCACGCUUGGGGAAGGGGGAGAAAAGCUCUGUUUCCACGAGCAAAAAAAGACAGACAAAAUCUUAAGAAAUGCCUAUUUUUUCAGUAUAGUAUGCCCAGUCAGGGACAUUGAAGUCACUAUGCUGGCUUUUUUUCAUUACUGAAUUACCUUAGGACAGUCAUCUCGAUUCCUCGAACUCCCAUCUUUUCCCAUCUGCUGUCAUUUUGUUCUUCCAACAAAAGACCCGCUGAAUUCCCUGACUCUUGGUGCAUCUAGGUGUGCUUCAUAGCCAGCUCACAUUGCUUCCUGCAGCUGCGUGGCAUUGCACUGACACUUUCUUAAUUGUCAGGUAAGAUACAUUUCCAUUAAUAUUUUGGAAAAACACGGGGUGGAAAGGCAUCCUCCUCCUUCUCCUCGAGUGCCGUGCUUCUGGCAGGCAUGCUGAUGUUCUCCCCUUGGUACCGUUUGCUGGGUCCUUUCCAUUGUUCAUCCCGGAGUUAUUUAACAUGCAGCCGCUUUCAAAUAGGUUAUUUUCUUUUCUUUUUUUUUUUUUCCCUACAAUGUGACAAUGUUAAGUGAGACACAAAGUAUACUUGAGCAUACCCUAACCAUGCUAUAUACCAGCUUGUGAAGCUGUUGGUUCUUCAGUAGGACACUAGCACUUUGUAACAAAAUACAAGAUGCGUUCCUAUAUCUGCUGCAAAGUUCUGUUUUGUUUUGUUUUCAGAAAUAAAACCUGUAAGAUAUAA